GGAGGGAUGGAGGGGAAAGAAGCUCUUUGACUCGGAAGGGCAGGUUCGCCUCCUCGCAUUCCGUAUCGCUCCAGCCGCGCAUGCGCUGGAGAGUGGGGGCCAGGAGCCGAGAAGCGGAUGCCGUUACCAUGUUGGGGCUGCACGGGCAAUUAGGACGGUAGAAGUCGGUGAGUUCUCGGUGAAGCUGUGCAUAUGGUUUCUCUGGUUCCAAAUAGGCAAAUGGAAUGAAACAGCUAUGGGCACUCUCAAUGACCCAGAGGAUACAUAUAUUGCAGUGAUUCGUCCUAAGAAUGCUGCUAGUUUAAAUUCUCGUGACUAUCGAACAAAAUCAUAUGAAAUCCUGCUGCUGGAGUUGCAAAAUGAAGGCAAGGAGAAAAAGAGAAAGAAAGUUCUGCUACAAACAAAACUGAAGAGGGAUGAAAAUAAAGGACAAGACAUUCUUGAUUUUGUAGUUGAAGCUACCAAACUGAUGUCACCUAACAACCAAGGAGUCAAAGGUAAACGAGUGGUGUUGAUAAAAGAAUUUCCUGUCCAUGGAGAAAAUUCUUGCAGGGCAGCUGCACUCUAUGUUGUACCAACAGCAGUUAAAGACAACAGCAAGGUAUCCUAUUGCCUUGGAGCACCAAGCUUUUAUUGCUUCCAGGAUAUUAUGCGUGUGUGCAGUGAAUCUAGCGCUCAUUUUUCCACACUGAGUGCAAAAAUGCUGAUUGCCUUGGACAAGUGGUUGGCAGAACAGCACACCAUCUCCCAUGCCAUUCCAGGUCUCUUUAGACCAUCGCCUCUUGACAGACUCAAAUCUUGUGUAGCAAACCCUGCUUACAUCAAAGAAAUGGAUCAGCAUGAAAAUACACUAAAUGUGGGCUACACUGCUUUGGAAAUAAAAAGUAAAAUGUUGGCACUGGAAAAAGCUGACCUCUGUAUCUACAAUCCACUUUUUGGAUCAGACUUGCAGUACACAAAUAGGGUAGAUAAAGUAGUUAUAAAUCCGUACUUUGGCUUGGGAGCACCUGAUUAUUCUAAGAUACAGAUUCCAAAACGUGAAAAAUGGCAGCGUAGUAUGAGUAGCAUAAUGGAGGACAAGGAACGACAAUGGGUGGAUGAUUUUCCUCUUCAUCGCAGUGCCUGUGAAGGUGUUACGGAGUUGCUGAGCAAACUUCUAGAUAGUGGCUUUUCAGUUAAUCAGUUGGACAGUGAUCAUUGGGCACCUAUUCAUUAUGCUUGUUGGUAUGGAAAGGUUGAAGCUACUCGUAUCCUAAUAGAAAAGGGAAAGUGUAAUCCCAACCUUUUAAAUGGACAGCUUAGUUCACCACUUCAUUUUGCAGCUGGUGGGGGACGUGCAGAAAUUGUGCAGCUUUUACUACAGCAUCCUGAGAUUGAUCGGCAUAUUGUGGAUCAGCAAGGAAGGACAGCAUUGCAGGUCUGUGAAGAGAAUAAGCAAAAUGAUUGGGAAACAACAGUACAACUCCUAAAUGAUGCAUUGAAUAAACCAUAUGAGAAAGUUAGAAUUUAUCGUACCGACGGGUCUUAUCGUGCUGUUGAGCUGAGGCAUGGUAACAAUACCACAGUGCAGCAAAUUAUGGAGGGCAUGCGGCUGUCACCAGAAACACAACAGUACUUUACAAUCUGGAUCUGCUCUGAGAACCUCAGUUUGCAGCUCAAACCGUACCAUAAAUCACUACAGCACUUGCGAGACUGGCCAGAAAUUGUUGCAGAAUUAACAAGCCUUGAUCCACAUUUGGAAAAACCACAACUCUUCCUGCGCAGGGAUGUACGGCUUCCACUGGAAACUGAAAAGAAGGUGGAUGAUCCACUGGCAAUCCUUAUCCUAUUUGAUGAGGCACGUAGUAGCCUGCUGAAAGGAUUAUACCCAUGUCCUGACAGUCAGUUGAUAACAUUGGCCGGUCUUCUCCUUCAAAUCAUCUAUGGAAAUUACGAAAGUAAAAAACAUAAGCAGGGAUUCCUCAAUGAAGAAAAUCUUAAAUGUAUCUUGCCAUGUACCAAACUAAAAAGCAAGGCUCCACACUGGAUCAAUAGGAUUUUACAUGAAUACAAGAGUCUUAGCAGCCGUGAAGGAAUUAGUAAGGAGAUGCACCACCUUCAGCGUCUUUUCCUGCAGAUUUGCUGGGAGUUUCCAACUUAUGGAGCAGCCUUUUUCACAGGACAAGUAUAUACCAAAUCAAGCUCAAGUAGUCAUAAAGUUGUCAAAGUAUACGUUGGGGUAAACACGAAAGGCCUGCAUUUGCUAAACAUGGAAACGAAGGCUUUGUUGAUUAGCCUUAAGUAUGGCUCCCUCAUGUGGCAAUUGGGUGAAGCAGAUGCCUACUUUCAAAUUCACAGUUUGGAAAAUAAAAUGAGCCUUGUUGUGCAUACAAAGCAGGCUGGUCUGAUUGUGAAAUUACUGAUGAAAUUAAGUGGCCAACUGAGUGUAAAUGAAAGAAAUCUGACAGAGAGACAUGGCUACGGGUAACCCUUAAAUAUUGUGAGAUCUUUAUCUUGACAAGGCCAUUCCUGUUGAACUGAAGUGCUUUAGAUUACUAAGAAGCCAAAAAAACCCACUGUGAUUUAGCAUUCCAUGUAUAUUUGUAUGAUAGUGAAGAAUUGUAUACCUUAUUUGUAUUUUAAAGCAAACUACGCAUUGUGUAUGUCGAUUAUUUCAAUGUCUGUUUAUUGUGCUAAAGAAAAAAGCUUUUUGGUUCUAAGAACAAAAUUCUGACUUACUGUAUGCAUUAUAGCAAUAGUUGUGCUCUUCAGUAUAGUUUGUAAAGCAUUUUAGAAAUGUAUCACAAUAUUGACAUUUUUUUGCUAUGAAUUAAAACAGGAUCUUUUAGAAUUUUA